CACGCUGAUUCUUAUAUCGUGAACUUGCAGGGAAAACUGCUAAUUUAGUCAUAUCUAUCUUGCGUUAACGGGACAUAUCGGCCAAUACUACCAUGCUGAGUAAAAAGGCUGAAGUCGUUGGGAAAGCUAGCCUUAGAGUUAGUUCAAACUAACGACAACAACAACAAUUGUUAGAAACAUUAGCUCCGUUACUGUUAGCAUAAAGUUAGAUCGCCAACUGUUUCACUUCCGCCCUAUCAUGGAUUAUGCAUCUUCGCGUUCGUUGACUGACGUUUCCCAGGUUUCUCUCUUGCGUACUACACUGGAGCGAUUAUUUUCCACCAAAUCUCACAAAUUACAGAUUGAAGAAGGGCUUCCUGCUGCUGUCGUUACACUUCAGAGACACCUGUCGGAGCAAACCACCGAACACCAGCAGCAGCAGCAGCAGCUCGAUAGCUACAGCUACGACCUGACUAUUACCGAUGGUGUUUGGCAAACAAAAUGCCACCUGGAUCACAGCUUGAACCAUCUGAUACACAGAAACAUCCUUACAACGGGCGUUGAUAUCAGCGUCACUGCCUGCUCCUUUGUUUAUAACGAGAAGAGACUGGGCUAUGGAUAUAUCUGUCUGGACAAGAUCAAAUGUGGCUCUAAAAGUUCGGAUAUUCUGCGCGCUGUAAACGAUGUGAGUUCACUGCCAAUUAUAACGAUGCAUGGCAUCGAGGAUAUGGCAUUGCGAAGUGAUGUGCCCCUCCAAGUUAGCCGCAAACACUACCUGUCUCUCUGGAAUAACGUCGACCCUGAAGGGAUUGUAUGGAUUAAGCAUGCCCCUACAUCUGACGUGGUGCUGGAUGUGUCUACGAUUACCCUUCUUUGCGACCUGGAGACAUCAUUCAAGAACAAAUGGAAACCAUUUCCUCUUCUAGUUCGAAUAUUACACAAAUCCAGAUUACGGUAUUAUGGGAAAUGUGGAAUGAAGAUCGAGUACCCCUUCCAGGCAUACUUUGAAGUUGCUGACCAGAGUGGCACAAUGUCCCUUGUGCUUUGGAAUGAACUUUGUCCAGAGUGGUACCAGAGGCUGAAUGUGGGAACGGUGCUUUACCUCCAAAACUAUACCCUCAAACAGAGUUAUUCAAAUAGGUCACGGCCACAAAUGGACCAUCACCAAAUGAAGAACUUCGACUCAAUAGAGAUCUGCCUGAAUCCUCGGAAUCCAGCUUCAGUGCUCACUGUGAUCUCACCAAAGAAUGUGUCUUCUCAAUGGGGAUUGCCUGAGGUUGCCUACCAAUUCCUCACCCGGUCUGAGUUGGAGAAUUUGCCUAACAACGUAGCAUGUGAUGUCAUUGGUUUGGUAACGUUUGUUGGUCGUGUUCAGAGAGUUAAGAGUCAAAGAAACAAGGGUCCUGAGAUGUACUGGAGUUAUCGUUGGGUCCAUGCAGUAGAUGGCACAUCAAGCCAUCCUUUUAUCUUGGAGAUUUUUUCCUCUUCUCAACCAGAGAUUUUCAAUAAUAUAUGCCCAAUGACCUACUUGGUUUGCACUCAAAUGAGGGUAUGUCAAGAGGAAGGCUGCUCUCCCUAUCUCACAAGCAGUUGUGAAACAGGCUUAUUUAUUACAGGGUAUCACAAAGGUCAGCCGUACAUUUCUGAUCCCAAAGUGAAGAGCUUCAUUCAGUGGACUAAGACUCAGAAGGACAGCGUUGUACUUCAGAAGUCUGUUGUUGGUGGCCAUUAUUGCUACCCCCACGGCCCGCGGAUUUUUGCCCAGCCAGUGGCAGAUGACUCGGCUCGGAUCCCUCUGGUUGCUUUUGAUGAUUUGAAGAAGGAGAUACAAUCUCUACAGUAUAGGGAGCAUAAAAGACUUGCAAUCCAAGGACAGAUUGUGGCAGUGCAAUACUUAAAAUGCCCAAAGGAGGCAGAAUCAGAAAAGGAAGAGGCGCAAGCUGUUUCUGCUGGUACAUCAGAAGAAGCUCUGCCAGGCUCAAACAAUCGAACAGUUGAGUCAACAGAUAAUGCCACUACCAGAGAAACACCGCCCUCUGCUGUGAAGACCUUGCAAAGGAAACGGAGAAGGUCACCUGAAAAAAAGCAAGUUGUUGAGAUGAUGAAAAACAUAUUGUAUCCCAAGAACAUAUUUUCCUCACUAAUUCUAACCAUGGAAACCUUUUCAAGCUUUACCUAUAGGAAGGCUGGGCACGACAACAGAGGAGUUAGACAAAACAAGGAAGUUGAGAAUGUUGCUGAAUCAGAGGAGGAGCAGGCUGAGGAAGGCGAUGUGCAACAGGGAGAUUUAAACCAAGACAGAAUAGCUGAACUGCAAGUUGAUUCAGGGUGUGAUCGGCUGGUCUGGGAAAGUGUUGAUUGGCCAACGCAACGACAAGAAGUGUCUGAACAUUUAUGUCAAGGUGGCCUGUACCAGGAAAGCCUUUCUCGGAAGUUUGUAUUUGAUGAAAAGAACCAUCUCCUGCAGUGGAGUAACCUUCACCCUUCCCGGUGGACUCCAGAACAAUCCACCGAUGACAGCCCACCUGCCGUUUGUCCGGGUUACUACCAAAUAACAAUAUUAGGCAUAAACAAGCAAAUGGCUAUAGAUGCAGCAUUCUUUCCUGUUGCAUCUUUUGGGGACCCUAGGGCCGCCGGUCUUCCUCAGGAGCCCCAUGGCAACACAAUGCUGUCCUGCCUUUCCUCAGGUUUCCUAUGUCCCCUCAGUGACCCUGCAAGCCAGAGUGAGACAGUCCUUCCUGACCCAGAGGAAAUCUUCCUGACUGCUGAGGAGCUGGGAGAUACACACAUUGUAUGCAUCCUGGACAUUUGUCCUCUUGGCGGAGAACAGAUCGAGAUUCUGAUCAACAAGGUGUACAAAGCGACAGAUUUUACUUAAGUAUUGCAAGUAUGAAUGCAUUUAACUCGAGAAAAUAUCCCCUAGUGUUUCGAGCAUGGCAUGCAUAACAAUUUUCAGUUUAGGAUUAUUGUCAUGAAAAAAAGACAGCAACUCAGGAUUAAAGCCUUUAAAAAAAAAAAGCUCAUGGUUUUAUUAUUUUUUUUAAA